AUGUCUUCACUCACUUCCGUCGAAUUGAAUUUUCUCGUUUUCCGAUAUCUUCAGGAAUCAGGGUUUACACAUGCUGCAUUCACACUAGGGUAUGAAGCAGGGAUAAAUAAAUCCAGCAUUGAUGGGAAUAUGGUUCCUCCUGGUGCUCUUAUCAAGUUUGUUCAAAAAGGACUCCAGUACAUGGAGAUGGAAGCUAAUUUGAGCAAUUGUAUGUUUUGGUCUGGAUGUAAAGGAAUUGCAGGAGAUGCUGAAGGAAAAAAAGAGGAAAGAGAGGGAUUGGGAGAAGGAAAAAGAGAGAUCUAA